GAGGCACGUGCCCCCAAGCCGCGCUCUAGGGGCUGGACUCAGGGCGGUUUGAAAGAUUGGCGCGCACCGCAGGAGAAACGGUUGGUCUUGCGGCUGGGAUGUCGGUGUUGAGGCCGCUGGACAAGCUGCCCGGCCUGAACACGGCCACCAUCUUGCUGGUGGGCACGGAGGAUGCUCUUCUGCAGCAGCUGGCGGACUCGAUGCUCAAGGAGGACUGCGCCUCCGAGCUGAAGGUCCACUUGGCAAAGUCCCUCCCUUUGCCCUCCAGUGUGAAUCGGCCCCGAAUUGACCUGAUCGUGUUUGUGGUUAAUCUUCACAGCAAAUACAGCCUCCAGAACACAGAGGAGUCCCUGCGCCAUGUGGAUGCCAGCUUCUUCUUGGGGAAGGUGUGUUUCCUCGCCACAGGUGGUGGAAGGCUUUCGGGCCACCAUGGCGCAGCGCCUGGUGCGCGUGCUGCAGAUCUGCGCUGGCCACGUGCCCGGUGUCUCAGCUCUGAACCUGCUGUCCCUGCUGAGAAGCUCUGAGGGCCCCUCCCUGGAGGACCUGUGAGGGUGGCUGGCCCCUGGGCUGCCCCUCCUCAUGGCUUCGUGCUGACUCCAUAAACAUUCUCUGUUGAGGAUGUCCAGUCAGGGCUUGACAGGCCCAGGCUCAGCCCCCAGUGGUUGCGAAGGUUCCCUGCAGUGCCUGUGCUGCAGCAGGGAGAGCUGGGCAGAAGCAGCGAGGGGACCCAGCUGGUGAGACCGUAGCCCCCUCCCAUCCCACACUCACUCUUGCAGAGCCUUGUGUCUUUAAGCAGCUGGCGUGUUACAUCUCCAUUUAAGGUUUCCUUUGAACAAAAGGUCUGUGGCUAAAAAAAGUUUAAAAAUCACUGGUCUCAUUCACCACUUUGACUUUGUAGAUGAGGAAACUGACUCAGAACAAUUAAGAGUAGGGCAAGGUGGGCCAGGUGCAGAGGCUCACGCCUGUAAUCCCAGCACUUUGGGAGGCCGAGGUGGGUGGAUCACUUGAAGUCAGGAAUUCGAGACCAUCCUGGCCAACAUGGUAUAUCCCCGUCUCUACAAAAAUACAAAAAUUAGCCAGAUGUGGUGGUGGGCACCUGUAGUCCCAGCUACUCGGGAGGCUGAGGCAGCAGAAUCAUUUGAACCGGGGAGGCAGAGGUUGCAGUGAGCUGAGAUUGUGCCACUGCACUCCAGCCUGGACAACAGAGUGAGACUCUGCCACAAAAAAAAAAAAAAAAGCGAGACCAGCCUGGCCAACAUAGUGAAACCCUGUCUCUACUAAAAAUACAAAAAUUAGCCAGGCAUGGUGAUGCGGGCCUGUAGUCUCAGCUACUCAGGAGGCUGAAGCAGGAGAAUCACUUGAACCUGGGAGGCGGAGGUGGUGUUAAACCGAGAUUACGCCACUGCACUCCAGCCUGGGCAACAGAGCGAGACUCCGUCUCAAAAAAAAAAAAAAAAAAAAAAGCUGGGCGUGGUGGUUCCCGCCUAUAAUCCCAGCACUUUGGGAGGCUGAGGCGGGCAGAUCACGAGGUCAGGAGAUCGAGACUCCGUCUCAAAAAAAAAAAAAAAAAAAGAGUGGGGCGGGGUAAGGGAAGGUUGGACUCGGGACGCCAAUCAGACUCCACAUCCUGGCUCUGCUAUUAUAGAACCUGGUUGUUGCCUCUUGGAGCUUGUUUUCUCAGAUGUGAAUGGAGAUGAGGUUCUGCUCACCUUGUCACGUUGGGAGGAUUGAAUGAAAUGAUGGGGGACAUGCCUGGGACUGUGUGACCCCCAUGCCUGUGUGUAGGUUGCUGUGUUCAUAACGUGUUAAUGCCUUGCACCUUGCUAGGUAGGCACUCAGUGAACAGUAAUAUUUGAAAUCACAUGGAAAGCCGAGGCGGGCGGAUUGCCUGAGCUCAGGAGUUUGUGGCUAGCCUGGGCAACACGGUGAAACCCCGUCUCCACUAAAAUACAAUAAAUUAGCUGGGCAUGGCAGCCUGCGCCUAUAGUCCCAGCUACUCAAGAGACUGAGGCAGGAAAAUUGCUUGAACCCAGGAGGCGGAGGUUGCAGUGAGCUGAGAUCGCGCCACUGCACUUCAGCCCAGGCAACAGAGCAAGACUAUCUCCAAAAAAGAAAUCACACAGUGGAGUUCAAAAACUGGUGCAAAUUAGGAAUUACACCACUGUCAGAAGUUUGCAAGAAGUGAGAGAAGCUGGCUGGAGGCCUCCUUUUGGGGUUGAUGGCGAGAGAUUGUGCAGUGCCAAUUGCUUUCCUUCUCCCUUGAGUCUAAUUGGAGAUUGUAGAGGGAUUGUAGAGGCAUCAGAACUGGACUCGAGAAAUCCCGUAGCCGGGUCAAGGCUCCUGCCACUGCACAGAGCGGGCUUGGCACAUGGGAGCUUGUGGGUGAAGGAGGUGUCUGGAGGGAGAAACUUCAGGAAGACAGCCAGGUCCUGACUCCCUUGGAACAUGACAGUGCCCUCCCCACAUUCAUCAUCCUGCGCGUGCCAGGGCAUGCUCACCAGCCUCAGGCCUCAGGAUGGACCCCAGUUGAAGCCCUGGGCAGCACUGCACCAGCACCUCGGGGCCUCUCUGCAUUUUUGUUUUUUUUUUUUUUG